ACCACGCGGAGAUCCUUCCUCACGAUCACGUCCCAGUCGGCGGUACGCGUCGUGACUGCAACUUGAGCCACCCAAGUUCACCUCGCGUCGAACGAUCAAGGACAGCAAAUAGGACACGAUGUCGCAAUACUAUGGAGAAUCGCAAUGGCCCGGCGCUGGUGCUGGUCAGCCCACCUGGGACCACCAAACUCCUCCACCUGCCCGGUCUGGCGCCAGCUCGGCCAUUCCUCGCGAGGAGCCGGCUGCUUUCACACAACAAAUAGAGGAGGUCGAUCGCGCCAUAGACAACCUGGUUAAGAGCGGCAAGAUGUUUGGCAUGUCCGGGCGCCACGGCCGAGCCCCUUCAGGACCGCCCGCCCCGCGAUCUCACUCUGUGACCGAGUUCGGUGAUGCGCGCGUUGGUCACCAAGGCGGACCUGGCCCUGGACCUGGACCUGCGUCUGGACCAGGUCUGCAGAACUUCUAUGCGAACCAACGACACCAGACGUCGCGCGGAUCCAACGAGGCGGAGCAGAUGAUGCAGGCGAAGCGGAGAAUGGCAGCUCAGCGGGAGCGAGAGCUGCGAAACUACCAUCAAGAGCAGCAAUACAACCGAACCGUCCUCGCUGAGAUGUCCUACCCCGGUACAAAGCCCGACCGCGCUCUGAGUCCCGGCAGCAUGUCUGAGGAUGAUCGCCGCGACCUGAUUGCGCGUCAGCGCAGCGCAUUGUACGGCGACACCUCUUCUGGGGAGAACGGCGGCUUCGGCGAUGAAAACGGCGCUCCUCGCUCCGGUGCGCCCGGACUCUCCACGGGACCGUCCAGCCAUCGAGGCCACUCACCUCUUGCGUACGACUACUCGCGAGGAGCACCGGAGGGUGUUGCGCCGGCUCGCGACGGCCAAGGAUCACGUGCUGGCAGCAAUGCGAGCCCCCAGUCUAACCCGUCCAACAGCAAAGGUCCCUUUGAUAAUACAAUCCAGCAAGCUAGCUGCACCAGUAACUCGUCGCCUAGCGGCUCCCCUCCUCGACAGGGCAAUGCUUCUAACCAGACAGGUAACAACACUGUUGCACCGAUCGGUACUCGUCCUGCCGGCGCGGCCCAGCCUACAAAUCCUGCUCUGAACAAACGAUCGACUACGCCUCUGCCUUCUCCGCUGAGCCACGGCUACACUGCUUCGGGCAAUGGUACCGGCAACGUAGAAGAGAACAACCCGGCUCCUGGCGCCCCGCCAAACCCGUCUAGUGCCACUCCCGACGGCUACAACGGUUGGGGUAACCGCCCUGGCGUGUGGGGCAAGCAGACGUCCGGAUUGGGAGUCCAGGCCAGUGUUUGGGGUUAACAUAUUAACGAACACACCGGAAGUGAGCCCGCUUUUGAGUACGAAAGCCAAGAGAACAUUGGGGAGAUGAGGACCGCUUCAGAUUAGAUGUCAGCGGAAACAGAGGUUUAUAGGUUGGUGGCCUCUAAGCGGCCA